AUGGCGGAACUAUGCGGCGCUUUGGGCCUUGUGGCCAGUGCCCUGUCCGUUGCUUCCACCAUAUCGACAUUGAUGCAGACCCUGGCCACCCUUCGGCGUCAAUACAAUGACGCAGACCUUGCCGUUGACCAGUUGACCAGUCGCCUUCGAAUCGUUCGCGCUGCACUCGUGCAGGUUCAGCGCUGGGCCGAAGAAUGUCGCUCCCGCAAAACAUUCCAUCGUGAGCUAAUUCCAGACCUCGAAGACGCAGUCAGUAGCUGUGGACAGUCUAUCAAAUAUCUCCAUAUGGAGCUCUCCAAACUUGAAUGGGAGCAGGGCAGGCUGAAAACAGGAAGCAAAAUCGCUCUUAUAUUCGAAGGCCGAACGAUCAAAGAUUUUCUGGAGCAUCUCAAUGGUCAGAUCACCGCCCUCAAUUUCCUUCUGACUGCCGCUCAAUGUCGAACACCAAACGAUCAGACGCAAGUCCUCGAGAAGGAGAAAAGCAAAGAUGUCUUGAAGCAGGCCAAAGACGAUACUACCUCUCUGGUCGGCUUCCGGGAUUCCGCUUCCUUCGCCUCUUCCACAGCGAGGAAUUCCACCGCCUCCCGACUUUCCAAGGUUUUCGACUUCGACGACAUUCUCCUACAGCACAAAAUAUAUCAGAACAGCUUCCGAUCUAUGUUGAGGCGAGCGGUCAGCCCGACAAACAAUUUAACUGAUACCAAAUGGCCGAAGCCACCUUCAUGCGGCGUCUUGGUCCCUCCACUUGAGAGCACAGCUGAUGAAUCUGCCAAGAUUGACGUGAAGCUCAAAGAAGAUGCACACAAACGGAGCAGAGAGAUGAAAGUACUGGCCAUAGGAGAGAACCAUGGCGGAGCUUCAGUCAUCAAACAACUGCGCCAGCGCUACGGCCUACCCCUAUCCGAAAUCGAGGUCGAGAAAUAUAGGCGGUCAAUCACAGCAUUCGUGCUCCGCUCGCUCGUGGCUGUCCUAAAUUAUGUACAUGAGUUCGGUACUGGCCUUGUCAGUCAAGUAAGUCGCGAACAUGAAAAUCUCAUCCAAGAAUUUGCAGCAACCGAAGGGUCAGACUGGAAGGUCACGGCGCAGAUUGCGGCAGCAGCGAAACACCUGUGGCACAAUUGGCACGUGAAACAAGCUUUCGCUGCCAUGGAUCACGAUCUGCAGACAGCCUAUUACCUUGAAGCCAUCGAGCGAAUAUGCCAACCAGACUACGUACCCACAAAUAUGGACAUCAUCAAGGCUCCUGAGGCGACUGAGACGAUAAAAGAGACGGAUUUAAGCAUGUCGUCUUCCAAACCUCCUAUCCUACUUCGAUUCAUUGAGAUCAAGGAGGAACGGCUCAUGAAGAUCUUGUCGCAAUUUGCAGAUGUUCAAUUUUGUCUCUUUGCGAUCGACUUGACGUGCUACGACCGCUACUCCAAAGAUGGACGUGGAUCGAACGCACUCAGCAAUCGACUCUCCUUCUUGAGGAGCAUCUGCUCAUCAAUUUUCCUCAGCAACGUCGUCAUUUUACUUGUGUUCACGAAUGCAAUUGCUUUCGAGAGGAAGAUUGCCGUUUCACCGCUGGAGUCCCAUUUCGAAGACUACAAAGGAGGCAAUAAUGCCCAAGCUGCGAUAAAAUACAUCUUGAGAAGGUGCAGUAAGGCAAAUACUAAUGCUCUGCCGCUCUUCUGGCAUAUCUACGAUUGCGCUGUGGAAGGUGCUGGAGCUCAAGCUACGGAUCGGUUCUUCAGGCGGUCUGCUGACAGUCUCCCAGCAGUGAUGUUGCUCCGCGAGGUGGGCUACGGUUGAAUGCGACCAUCCUCCAGUCAUGAUGGCCGUCAAAGGCGCUCCAGGGUACCGUCAAACAAUCAAGCAAGGAGGGCAGAUAGCAACUUGGAUGGCAUGUAUGAUGUCAGGCUUGAUGAACCCGUUCUCAG